AUGGAAAACAAGCGCACCCCUGAAACACACGCACAGUCAUUACGUGCUACCAGAUUUCGCAAGGUUACGAAAGCUGCGUCGGCGGCGUUAGCCGCUGCAGCGGUGCCGGAGCAUACAAAACAAGUUAUUGAGAACACGGCAGCGAUUCGCCAGUGGGUAAGCUCGCGCAAGAAGAAGGUGCCACUUCCCGAUUUUAUGCCUAUUGACCCGAAUGGACAGCUAGCCUGGAUUACUUCCUAUGUAUCGGAGCUCGAGGCGCUUCUCAGUGUAUUGCCAUUUCCGGUACCUUUUCUUGCUUCCAUGACCGGGGAAUCCCUCAAGUAUUUGGUCACUCGAUUAAUAUCAAAUCCCAGCUUGUGUUUAUUCGCCAACAUGCCAGCCACACAAAUGACCGUCUUCGUGAACUGUGCACUGGUUGGACAGCAACAACUGAAGGUCAAAGGGGGCAGAUUAGAUGGAAAACCACAGAUUCCGUUCAACGAUGGCGUCGGGCCAGCAAGUUACAUCCGGGGAUAUUAUGCGCAACGGUCGUCGAGCCUCUAUCGGACUUGGAUCGCUGCGCCGUGCUGA